AUGGCAAAGCUAAGCAUCAACUCCACCGUUCGCAUGAACUCAGGCUACGAGAUUCCGCUGCUGGGUUUCGGAGUCUACCAAACACCCAUGGACGUUGCUGAAUCAGUCACUGCUCACGCUGUCAAAAGCGGCUAUCGCCAUGCCGACUCAGCAGCUGCAUACCGCAACGAGGCACCCACAGCGGCUGGUCUGCUCAGCACUGAUCUGCCUCGCUCCGAGCUAUUCUUUACCUCCAAAGUACCUCCCAAAGCCAUCAACUACGAAGCUGCGAAAGCUGUAGUCGAUGAAUCGCUGAAAUUUACGGGUCUGGAGUACAUCGAUCUGUACCUUUUGCAUGCACCUUACGGUGGUAAGGAGAAUAGAUUGGGUGCUUGGAAAGCUUUGGUUGAAGCUGUGGAGGAGGGGAAGGUGAGAAGUAUCGGUGUGAGCAAUUAUGGCGUGCACCAUCUUGAGGAACUUGAGGAGUGGAUCAAAUCAGAGGAAGAGAAGAAGGGUAAAGGUAAGGGUGGUGUGUUGAGUGUCAACCAGGUGGAAUUGCAUCCUUGGUUGGCUAGAGAUGAUAUUGUGGAGUGGUGUGAAAAGAGAGGUGUUGUUUUAGAGGCAUACUGUCCUCUAGUCCGCGCAACAAAGAUUGAUGAUCCACUUCUUACACCUCUGGCAAAGAAACACAACAAGACGACAUCCCAAAUCCUCCUCCGCUGGGGUCUGCAAAAGAACUUUGUUAUACUGCCGAAAUCGGUUACACCUGCUCGUAUCGAAGAGAACAAAGCUUUGUAUGACUUCGAACUUGACGAAGAGGAUAUGAAGUCGUUGAACACCGGAAAGUAUGAGCCUUGCGCGUGGGAUCCUACUGUCAGUAGAGAUUAG